GGCCGGACCGGGGAGCCCGGGGGCGGCGGGGGCUUCUCGCGGCUCAGUGCCUUGUAGCUGCGCUGGCUGCGGGCGAGCAGGUGCUGGGCUGCAGGCGAGGCCCCGUGGAGGCGCCUGGGCGGGGAGGGGCCGCGGGCAGGGCGGGCCGCGGUGGGGGCUGCUGCCCCACUGCGGCCCGGGCGGUGGGAACGCCGCGAGGGGCCGGAUCCACGGGGAGACACUCGCCCGCACCUCCGCCGUGGCCCUGGGCUGCCGUGCUGCUCUCCCGCCGCCUCAGGCAGCGUCAGGGUGGACCAGCGUGGGAGGCAGCCCAGCGGUUUCCCGGCCUCGUCCGGAUGAUGCUGAGGAGCGCAGGAGCCUGUCGGGCGGUGGCCGGGGUGGUGGCGGCGCAGGCGAUGCGUGGCAGACCGCAGGGACAGCCUCGCCCAACCAUCCAGCGCGCAUCAGCGGGCCGUGGCAUCACUUGGGGGCUCGGCCUCGAAGUUUAUGGGCGAAGCAGCCCGCGCGCAGAGGGCAUUAGCAAGGCGCUGCACCAGUUGGCGGGGCCACGACCUGCUGUGUUAGGCAGAAAAGUUGGCUUCAGGCAGAGUUACUCCCCUGCUUUGAAACAGAAGUGGCUGCAUCCUGCGAUCUCAUGGAAGGCUGAGGGCUUCCUGCUAUCAAGAGAGACGUGGAGUGCAGCUUGACAGAGGCUGAAAUGGAUCUGAGGCUUCCAGAGGUGAGGAUGUGCCCUGAAAUAAAGUGGGAUAUUGCAGUUCUUCAGCAGUGAGAUUAAGACACUUAAGAAUAUCCAGGACCUUUAGUAAGAUGUUUUUGCUGCUGACUUGAAGCAUGGUUGCGUCUGCCAAGCCUAUGCAUGGAGUGAGCUCAGGUGUUUGCAAGAUAAAUGGCUCAUUUAAAUUGGGAGCUACUAAAAUACUCUCUGGCUGGCAAAUGCAGUGCCUAGCAGCAGUCAUCAAGGACGAACCAAACAUGAGUGGAGGAGGGGAACAGGUCGACAUCCUGCCGGCCAAUUAUGUGGUCAAAGAUCGCUGGAAAGUGUUGAAGAAGAUUGGUGGCGGUGGCUUUGGGGAGAUUUAUGAGGCAAUGGAUCUACUGACCCGUGAGAAUGUGGCCUUGAAGGUGGAAUCAGCCCAGCAGCCCAAGCAAGUUCUCAAGAUGGAAGUGGCUGUCCUGAAAAAGCUGCAAGGGAAGGAUCAUGUUUGCAGAUUUAUUGGCUGUGGAAGGAAUGAAAAAUUUAAUUAUGUGGUCAUGCAACUUCAGGGCCGAAAUCUUGCAGAUCUCAGAAGAAGUCAGCCUCGAGGGACCUUCACACUGAGCACAACACUGCGAUUAGGCAAACAGAUUCUGGAAUCAAUAGAAGCCAUUCACUCUGUGGGAUUUCUGCAUCGUGACAUCAAGCCUUCCAAUUUUGCCAUGGGCCGCUUGCCUUCAACAUACAGGAAAUGCUACAUGUUAGACUUUGGUCUGGCCCGUCAGUACACCAACACCACUGGUGAAGUCCGGCCACCUCGCAAUGUUGCUGGUUUUCGGGGAACAGUCCGCUACGCUUCGGUGAAUGCACACAAAAACCGAGAGAUGGGUAGACAUGAUGAUCUGUGGUCCCUUUUUUACAUGUUGGUGGAGUUUGCAGUUGGUCAGCUUCCAUGGCGAAAAAUCAAAGAUAAGGAGCAAGUUGGCAUGAUAAAAGAGAAGUAUGAACACCGGAUGCUGCUAAAACACAUGCCUUCAGAGUUUCACCUUUUUCUGGAUCAUAUUGCAAGCCUAGACUACUUCACCAAGCCAGACUAUCAGCUAAUCAUGUCCGUGUUUGAGAACAGCAUGAAAGAAAGAGGCAUUACUGAAAAUGAAGCCUUUGACUGGGAGAAGGCUGGUACAGAUAUCUUGCUGUCCACUAGCACCUCUACUCCACCACAGCAAAACACUAGGCAAACAGCAGCCAUGUUUGGGGUGGUUAAUGUCACUCCGGUACCUGGGGACCUGCUUCGUGAGAACACUGAGGAUGUCCUACAGGGUGAACAUCUGAGUGAUCAAGAGAAUGCUCCUCCCAUCCUGUCAGGCCGGCCAGCAGAAGGUCUUGGCCAGGCUCCAAACACUGCUUUCAAUGAGGCUGAAGUUUGGGAAGAGACAGAUGUGAAUCGCAACAAACUCAGGAUCAGCAUCAGCAAAACUCAGUGCAUGGUAGAAGAGGAGCAGAGAAAUGGUGUCUGUCCCAGCUCCCCUGUCCGAGUGCCUCCAGAGUCCCCUACUGCACAAGUGCGCUCCCUAAGAUACCGCCGUGUGAAUAGCCCCGAGUCAGAACGUCUCUCCACUGCUGAUGGCAAAGCAGAUCUACAUGAAAGAAGAUCUCGAAUGGAUUUACCUGGCUCUCCAUCACGGCUUGUAUGUUCCUCCCAGCCAGCCCAGAUGCUAUCCAUUGAUACUGGCCAAGCUGACCGGCAGGCAAGUGGUAGGAUGGAUGUGUCUGCUUCGGUGGAACAUGAAGCCCUCAGCAAUGCUUUCCGCUCGGUACCGCUGGCAGAGGAAGAGGACUUUGAUAGCAAGGAAUGGGUUAUCAUUGAUAAGGAGACAGAGCUGAAGGACUUUCACCCAGGUGCUGAGCCAAGCACCUCUGGAACCACAGAUGAGGAACCUGAGGAACUACGACCUAUUGAAGAGGGUGAGGAGAGAAGGCGCUUGGGGGCAGAUAUUGCAGUCAGGCCGAAGAUACAUGAUGGGCGAAGUCGGGGUAUGCAGCCUGUGACUGAGGAGGAUAGUUCCCACAGACAUGAAGGACCUUCUCAAACAGUAUCUGACAGUAAACAUGAACAGCAGACAGGAAGUCCAGCCCAUUCCCCCCUGCACUCAGCACCAGCUAUCCGACAGAGGAGACGGGAGUCUGAACCUACUGGUCCUCAGAGACAGUUGGAGGAGGACAGGCCUUCUCAGCACUCCCUCCCGAGGUACAGCCCCCUGAGAAGACUGGCGUCCUCCGUUUUCUCCUCCUCAACCCUGGAGACAGAACACUACCCUCACGUUGGUGGUACUUUCAUACAGCGCAGCCGUUCAGCGGAGAGCAGCCCCGUGCGCAUGCCCCACCGCAGGCACAUGCCCCUCACGGCAGGAAACCACAGACUCAUGCCUUCCGUCCUGCGCAUUUCCAGGUCCCAGCUCCAGCAGGCAUAUACACUGAAGUCAUUUGAAAUGAAUGGUCUGCCCAAGGCGGUGCCUUUAAGUUUGCCUUGUCAAGACUUCAAAAAAGAUGUGUCAGACUACUGGGAAAAGCCUAAAGCACCCCAGCGGAUAAAGAAAGUUGACUUCUCAAAUGUUGUCUUGACUGCUCCUUGCAAACCCCUUAAACCUCAACUCGAAAUGAAUGGGAAAGAGGAAGAAGAAGAAGAGGAGGAAGAAGAGGAGGAGGAGGAGGCAGGGGAUGAGAUUGAUAUGCACAGUGGCUCCAGCAGUGACAUGAGUCAGAAAAGCACAGAGCGCAGCCAGGAGUGUGCACCAUCCACACUCCUGGCUGAUGACCAGAAGGGAUCCAAGGGUCGAGCUUCCACUGCUGAUGGGGAUCUGGAAAUGGAGGAAGGCUCAAAAACUCUAGUGCUGUUUUCACCAGGUGAUCUGAAGAAGUCUCCGGUGACCACAGACUUGGCUCCAGAAGUUGAUCUGGGGACUCUUGCUGCCCUAACACCUCAGAGCGAGCGGCCACAGCCUAUGGGUAGCCAGUUAGAUGUAUCCGAGCCAGGGACCCUGUCCUCCAUCCUUAAAUCUGAACCAAAGCCUCCUAUGGCAGUGGCUACAACUUCCUCCCCUUUCACCAAAGUUGAGCGCACAUUUGUGCAUAUUGCUGAAAAGACUCACUUAAAUGUCAUGUCUUCCAGUGGCCAAUUGAUGAGGCAUGAGGAAUACUGCCCUCCUGGUCCAUUUGAAGAGAUCAUUAUUGAAGAAGAAAUGGAGGAAAACCUGGUGCUGGUAGAGAAUGGAAGCAUACAUUCAGGGCUAGAAGGGGCAGAGACAGAAAGCUGUGCACUUUCAGCUAAUCACAUUGAAAUCACCUCAGAGACAGUAGGGGAACAGCUAGCCCUUCCCACUGGCGUAGCAAAGCCUCCUGAGGACAAGUUGGAGCUCUCUGACAAAGUAGCACUCCCGCUAGAUUUGGAAGAGCCUGGCAAGACAGUUACAAGGGAGCAUGACCUUGAGAAGACAGUAUCCAUAACAGAACACCUUAAGCAGGCAGAAAUCCUCCCUGACACACCACAGCAGGGCCCCAGGAGACCUCUGGGAUCCAGGUAUAGGAGUCGGAUACCCAUUUUGUUCUCUGAGGAGGACACUGGCUCAGACCUUUCAACUUCACUCUCAGCCAAAGAGAGGCUUUAUAAGAGGGCUAAGCAACCUGAUUUGGCUCGCCUAGUGAUGGAGAAGAGGCAAAACCGUCUCCUUAGGCUGGCCUCAGGGGCCUCCUCCUCAGCAUCCUCCAGCGAUGAGAGGCGGCGGGCCUCAGAAACCCUUUCAGCCACUGGUUCGGAGGAGGAUACCCAUGACUCUGAUGACUCCAUCCCAAGAAAGGCAGGGAAGGAGAAGGCUGCCCUCCUGGGAAAAGAACAGAAACACAUAAGCACAAAGAGCAGAAUUCCUCGGCCCAUCACACCGGUGAAAACACCGCUAGAGACAAUGAGGUCUGAGAGCUCCAUGGCCGUUGCCAUGCCAGUGCUAUGUAGCUCCCAGCAAGAUGCAGCUGCUGCCUACAGGCUUCAGGCACAGAGACCAGCUGGAAAUAUCCCCAACAACUCCCGAACAACACAGAUACAAAGCCGGCUUCCUCCUUCACCGAGUUCCACUGCUCUUCCUCCACGAAGCAGCUCACGGAGGUCUAGUUGUGCACCCCCUCGGAGUCCUGUCCUUCCUCCAAGAAACCCCAGUGCUUCCCCCAGAAGCCAGUUACUGUCUAGGAGGGAAAGCCCUUCCCCUUGUCGACAACGUAAGCUGGGGACUGCUAUUCAGCGAGUUCCACCUUCCCCCCGACCUCAGCCCCAAGCUCAGGCCCUGGGGCCGACAGGAGACUCCCCGCCCUCGGCUGGUGUGGCCAAAAAAGGACAAAGAGGAAAAACCCAGACUCAGAGUCCAGCAACCAAAGGAAAGCAGGUGUCCCUGGAAAGUAAGGCAGCUGCCAGAUAAUGAUCUUCUUCUGCCAGCCCAAUAGACUGGGUAACUUCUGCAUAUAGUAUACACUUGAGAUGCUGCAGCACAGCCUUUCAUGCGGGAACCACAAGUGUAUAGCAGUCACUGUACUUCAAUGCUUCACUCACUGUCACCCCACACUGUUGCAAUCAGCUCCCACAGGCCUGAGAGCCUCUGAGCCACGGAGCCUUCUUCAAGGGAAACAUCCCUGGCUGACGCUUGCUAAUGCACAGCACCAAGCAGUGACUCAGGCAGCCUGCCUAGUGCUGCCUCUCCUCCCUCCCUUGGCAUUCCCCUCUCUCUGUUAGCAAUAUCAGUUGCCAAUACCGUGCACUGACCCUGGCCUUGGAAACAGGAACAGAGAUGAUGAGAGUGAGGCCUGCUGGAGAGGAAGGCUCCUGUCCUUCAGGCAGCUCCCUCUUCUCUCUUAGCUGGUAAAAUGCCAGCAUUGGCUGCCAUGUUUUACCUGAGUGUUGGCUCAUCUCCUGCCAUCUGCGUGAGCAAGGGAUCAUCACUAGCUUAGCCAAGAGGAAUAUAUGUGAGCUGAGAGGAGAGGAGCAGGGAAGAAAUGGAGGGGGGCUCUGCUUGCCCUUCCUGAGGUGUCUCUGCCAGCAGGUCCAGGGAGACAGACAGGCCUUGCUGGAUGGUCUCAGCUCCUACCUGCUCCAACAUGUCCCACAGAGGAGGGAGUCCGGCAUUGCUGCUCAGUGACACUGCUGCAGUUUCAGCAGAUGCAUGGGUGGGGGGUAUUUAGAUGGAAGUAGGGGCUGCGCUGGCAGCUUGCCAGGAAAUCAAGAGUGCCUGCUAAUUGAUGUGGACGGGAGCACACUGCAGCUGCUUCUGUCUCAAAUACCAGACUGUGACCUGGGGAGCCUUGAUCUCCCAACAUAGGGUGGGGCCUCUAGACCUGAGUGUGGUUGGUGCCGUGAUUUUGUAGCCCACCAGAUGCAGCUCCAGCCUGAAGAUGUGAAUAGUCACUGGAGGCCUUUAGCUCAGGUGCCCCUUGCACCUAAAUUCCUUGUGUUUUAUUGUCACACUCUCGAUGUUUGUGAAUUUUGGCACCGUGGCUGAAAGUUCCCCUACACAGUAGGGAGGGAAGUAAUUAUUCUCUAGUAUGCUCAAAAGCUGCUGCUUUGCCAAGAGAAGUUUGCUGACAUGCCUUGGGUAUCCUGUGCAUCUCUGGCCUAGAAUACAGCUGGCUGAGUUGGGGAGGUUUAUAUCUUUCUCUUUUUGAGUGCUCAGCUCUUCCACAUACUGCAUGAGAACUAAUAAUGUGAACAUAAUAGAAAGGGCUGUGCUCUUCAAAUAGCGUUAUCAGAGCAGAAGCUCAUGUCUCACUUAGACAAGUAUUUCAGCGUCAGUCAUCCUGCUUCACAUUUUCAAACCUUCCUAAUUAAUCUGGGGGCUAAAGAGUUGGUGUUUAGUUCUGAGACUGAUGAGAUCUUGAAGUAGCCCCAAAAUUUCCCCUGUGUCUCACAAGCAAAAACACCCCAGAUCCAAAUAUUCUGGGCUUCACACCACUGUCGUGCCUGAAAAAGGCUUUGCAUGGGGCAAAAUAAAAAUAUGGCUUCUCUGUCCACCCAUUCCUGCAGCUGCAACUAGCAACUUCAGUAACUAAUUGCUGAUGAUGGAGGAAGAUGAUGAUGGAGGAAUCUGGACAGUAAUAAACUUGACUCAUUUGAACAUAUAUAUAUAGACAGCCAUAUUCAUGGCCAUAGAGUCUGAGGAAUCCUGAAGCAGUUCACUUCUAUAGGAACUAUUCUGGACAGGAGUAUGGGAGCUGCGAUGGUGUGGCUAGGAGGACAGUGUACUCCUUGGACAUCUGAGUAGGGAAAUCUCUAGAAACAGAUUAUGGGAAUUACCUCUCUAUAUGUGACAGUACCAGUGUCACCAAUGCUAAUAGUUUGUUUCACAUAGGUCAAAGUGUUUGUUGUUUUGCCUAGAAGUUAUUACCCUUGGUAGAGUAAGAAGCACAGCUUCUAGUCUAAAAACAAAUCCCAGCCCUCAUCAUUGCAUAGAAGCACUGGGAACUCUGAGCUCAGGUUGCCAUCAAAAGAGGCAAUCCCUCCAAGCUCCAUCUGCUUUGCUGCACUGUUCUACCUCCCUUACGUUUUGCCAGCUGUUUGGUGAAGAGGUUGGAAACACUGAUUCAGCGUGAAAACAAACGCUUUGAUUUGCAGGGUCAGUUUGUCAGUCUGGUUCAGCACAGUCUGGUUCAGUUCAUCAGGCUGGAUCGCACAAAUGCUUGUGCCAGAAGUGGGGGAAGGAGAGGACAGAAGGUGUGUCCACUUCUUCUGGGGGCACCAUGACUCCAUGUGGGUUUGAAGUGCUGGUCAAACUACACCCUAAGUAUGCCUUGCAUGUUUAGAAACUAGAAGACGGUAUAAACCCGAACACAUUCUUUCCACAAAUAUGAACCAUAAUGACAGUCCUAUUAAUUUUUUGGAGGAUUGUUCAUUUUAGAGUGCACAGAUGGUAAGACAUGGCCAGUGAAGCCUUUACCAGGUAUUCCAUCCAGGUCUUGUAUGCACAUGCCAAAAAAAGAUAUUGAAAUAGCUUGAAAAGAGAGCUACAAGACUAUUUAUACAAUUAGCAAACCUGCCUCAUCAUGGGAGGCUAAUAAAGCACAAUCAAUGUAUUUAUUCAAGGAAAGGUUUAGAGGAGAGUUGUCUGUGUUCCAGAAGUACCAGUAUGGGGAAAGAAGCUCCCAGAACAGGGUUCUUCUAUCUAGCACAUGAAAGCAGGUUAAGGAAUUGGGUAGAUUUUUAGUUGUGAAGCAAUUAUCUAGUGAAACCUCUCAUAAGAAAUGUGAGGACUCUUUCUUAUUAAAACUUUCUCUGAGAAACCUGAAUGUCUUCUAAGAUAUCUUCCUGCCAUAACCCAACCACAGAUAAUAAGCAGGGUGCUGGUGACACCAAGGUAACAUCUCUCCGGUGUGAUGCUGUAGAUCCAUGUAUCUAAGAUUCAUGCUCCUGCAAGGCAUGUGCCAAAGAUGUCACAUGGUGGAGAGCCACCAGACAGGUCCCACAGAUUUCAGAAAGCCGGUGAAAGCUUUCCAAGGCAGAAAAUACCAACCUUUCCCCAGGUGCCCUGUUGUUUGAUAGGGCGGGGCUGAGGCUGCAGCUGGUUCCACAGCAAUCUGGGAGAGCUGCCAUCAGCCAUCCUUCCAUGUGGUCACACUGUCAGCUGCCCUGCACCAGCACAGCCAUGUUUGCCAGCUGCAUGAGACUGCUCUGGCAUGGAGGGGAGCAGGACAAUGUAUCAAUGACAUGGUACUUCCACUGGUCUUUUUGGAUGAGAGAGGGCUGCACCAUCAGAUCUGAGAGCAGUAAAAGUUGUCUGACUGCAGCAAUGCCUUCUACCCAGAUACUCUGAGCAGGAGCUGCUGGAUGUUGUCACUGAAAGGUUUCAAAGGUUUCAGAUUCCUGCAAGGCCUGACUGUCCCUGCGUGUGCCACAGAUUUGGAGCUCUGGACCUGUUCCCCUUCCCAGUGGCAGGUGAUGCUGUGAUCCUGGCUGGAUAUCACAGAUGAAGUGUUUCACAUUGCCUCUUUCAUUUCUUCACUGAAGUUAUUUUUUACAGGAUCCCCAGAGCUGGGCUUUUCCGGUCAAGUGGAUAAAAAGAAUUUGCUACCCACAGGAGCAUGCUGUCUAACAAGAGAAGGUCUACAUAGUCAUGUUUACUAGCAAAGCCAGUCACAUUGUGUUGCAUGGUCUAGGUAUGUACGCCAGUCCUCUAUCAGCAGCCAAAGUACUGCAGGAGGGCCAGUGGUGGCUUGCUCCAUGGCACAAGUGUCAGAAGGGAGACUCGGUGAAGGCUCUGCAAUGCAGAUGCUGCUCUGGAUCUCUUCCCUUGCUCUGAUUUUCAAGGUUAUGCCCUUUGGUUGCUCAAUGGUGAGUGUAGCCCCAGGGACACUAGUUGCUGGGGUGCUCAGUGCACACUAGUUGCAGAAGCUUCUUGUCCUCCCAUGUGGCUAUCUGGAGGGAUUUCUGGCAUGCAGCUAGAGCCAGCAGUGACAUUUCCUGCUAGUGUCACUAUGAAAACUGCCCUGCAAGAGGGUCAGCAGCUUGUCUCAGUCCUGUCUUCUGCCCCUAUCCCACAAGGAGCCUGGGAGGGCACCUGUCCUACUUGGAGCAAACAUGGGAGAUUGUGUUUGGGGGAAGGUCUGUCUUAUUAGGAAGAAGUUAGAUCUUUGAGGGAUAGGGCAGAAGACAGAAAGACCAGUCUUUCUAUGGCAUGGCAGGACACGAGGGGCUGUCACAUCCCAGAAAGGCAGAAGAAGUAAGGCCCUGCUGUUCCCUGCCAUGAAACAUGGUGCAUGGGCUCUGUCAAGCCUCAAGGACACAUAGGGGUGCUCAGACACUGCUUUUGGAAUGGGACAUUGUUCUUGCAGUGAAGGUAGGGAAGAUCCAGCUGACCAGAGCAGAAAAGAUGAUUAGGAAGACUAAAGAGUUUUGGGGGGGGGGGGGGGGAGGAGAUGCAGAUUCCCUAGCAGAAACAUUAGGGAGUUUCUGUGUUAGCAAGGAUUUCUGGGAACAGCCUGACACAAUGUGAUUCCCACUUGGUGAGUUUGCUGCAAGAUCUGUCCUGGCCAGCUGCACACGGUUGUGCUUAUGUGUAUUUUGAGGGGACUCCUGGAACAGCCUGCCAGUAUGCAUGUGUUUGAAUGUGUAUAUUUGCAUGGGUAGCAGAAGCAGAUAGGAUUUCUUCUGGGAUAUGCCCAGAGUCCAGUACUGUGGGGUCCUGUGCAUGUGUUGGGAGCAAGAGUGUCUUCGAGAUUGUCUGACAUCAUGAUAUUUAGUAAAUGCUCUGCUAUGUGUUUUGCUUUGCUGGGGUCUAUGAAAAUCCGGCCUGCUUUCUUAUCUGCCAGCUGAGAAGACUGGAUGCUGCUUGGUAAAAUGAGGUUGCCUGGCCAGGAGAUAUUUGCAAAGAAACUGGGAUAUGAGAGGAUGUGCCAAGUGGCAACUCGGGAAGACAGUUCUCAACACUAAGCCAGUGUGAAGGACAGUUCAUAUGAGUAGAAGGGGCAAAAAGAUUAAUGGUGCUGGACAAACUAAUGCCAUGGAGGGACUUGAACAUAUGGCAGGAGAUGAUUAACUGAUUCAUCUGGUUGGCAGCGCAUACACUCCUGCUUGUCUUGGUGCAAAAGGUGUCUUGGUAGGAGACAUUUCUGAGUCAGUUGUGCUUGCAAUUUGUGAGAGGCAGGAGGCUUUGCUUGCCCUUUAUAAGUAAAGAUUAUAAUAUAUACUAUUAUAACAUAAUAUAAUAUAAGUAGUGCCCAUUAUAUGUAGUGGCUAAAGGUUGAAAAGGAGCCUGCUACCUUCAAAGAAGUGCCCUUGAUGCUAUGCGACAUCUGAUCCGUGCAGGAAUGACUGCCUUGUGCAGUGCAUGUGAAUGGAGGAACAGUACACCACUCCACCAAAGUGCAUGUGAGCUAUGAGGCCGCACUCACCAGAGCAUGAACCCAGGGCCAAAACACACUGGCUUGGAUAACUGAUGGCAAUUGUGCUUGCCAUCAGAGUUGUAAUAACCAGUGGACUGACACAUCUGUGCGUGGCAUGUGUCUGGGUCUGGAGACUCUUUGCUCAGGUGGUCGCCCUUGACUGACACAAGUGUGGUUGUGUGCUAGUGAAAUGCUUUGAUCCAAAGCAAUUUGGGUUAGGGGCAAGAAAAUCUUUGAUGAAGUUUCUCCUUUCCAACACAGAGGUAUUUUCUCAGUGUAGGUCCUCUAUAAGAAGGUGGCUAAGUAUCUAUUUAUAGCCUGACCAGCUCCAGUAGCAGCUCGUUGGGUCCCUUAGCACAUUUCUUUCCUCCCUGUAUAGUUUCCUGACCCCUGGCAUGAUCCCAUCACUGUUUUGUGUGCACAGACAUCAAUGCCUACUGAAGGUCUUGCCCCACACAUCAGUCGUCUGUGGUUAAGUUAAUCUUGUUUCAGUGAACACAGUAAAAGUCCCUUUGUGGAUGUGGUGAGUUUGGUUUCAAGUAAGUUUCUUCUGGCUUCACUGAAAGAUAUCUGUGUUCGAACUGCAAAAGGCUGGUGUUACAAAGUUCACAGGGACUAUCUGAGAGUUUGCAACCAGCUUUGAUUGCAUCUGUUUUGCCAGCGACGGUGACAACUGCAUGAGAGAGAGCAAGCUUGGGUUUCUGUUCAAGCCCUGUCACCUUGUGGUGUGUGUUGUACUGAUAGUGUGUGGGGAGGGGACAUGUGAACAGAACCAUUUGCUGGCCCCCAAGGUUCUCUGCAGCACCCUGAGUGUUUUCUCUCUCUUUUCUCUCUCUCUCUUUCAGCCUGUUGCUGAGCUUUGUGGGGCUGGGAUUAUGCUGUUAGUAACGGCAGAGCCAGAUGAUGUGAAGAUAGGUUGGUGGCAUCUCCAUGAGCUUUGGUGGUUGCAUCUUUGUCAGGCCAGGGAUUAACCCGUUUGCAGGCUAUGGUGAUGCCAUGAUCCUGGGCACAGCCAGGAUCCCAUUAAACACUCUGGACUGGCCCAGACAGGUCUAGCCACCAAAAGCAAUUUAUAUACCAUAACUCUCCUGUCCCCUUGUUCUUAAUUUCCCUCCUUUAGCAAAUUCUUGCUAGAAAGUCAAUGUUUAUUUCCUGCAGGUUGGUCCCUCCUGAAUUUCUGCCAAGUGUGAGGCAGACUUGGCUCCAACAGAUGCAACAGGCCCUGCAUCAUGCAGGCUGGUGCUCAGGGUUACAAGAAGGAGCACUAUCCCACUUAUUUCUGAAGCUGCAAAUAUGUGGAAAACGAGUUUAAGGUAUGCAUUGGUGCCCUCUGCUAGAAGGAGGAAGAGAGCUACCACAGCAAAUCCACAAGUAGGUUCUCAGUAGGAACCAAGGCGAGAACGCCUCCUGUCCUUAGCUUCGAAACCAGAAGUGGCUCCAAAGGCAAGAUCUCCACUUUGGUGAGGGUACUGUUUUGUUGGUGUCUGCCAGCACCUGCUCUGCGUCUAGGUGGCCUUGUAUUGCCACUGCCAUGAGCGCAAAGAGAUCUGAAACAUGGUCACUGAAGGAGGCAGGGGUUGAUGUUUCCUUGGUGCUUACGUUGACGGCUGUUGUGGGUGCUAAGGCAGUGGCUCACCUACUGGGGUGUGAAGAGCUCUGCAGCACAUGGGGGUUAGGAGAGGAGUCCAAGUGUAACACUAUGUAUGAAACCCAGUGUCAAUGACACUGCUGUGUUAUGGGACCUGGGCUGCUGCUUUUCCAGACAGGAAUUAGAGCUGGAAAUGCAGAUUGUUCUGUAUAUCUAUCUCCUUUUAACACAAUAGCAUGUGGCUCUACACUCAGAUGUUGUACCUGGCACACCAGUGUUUGUUUCCUUUGUGUCUGACUCGGUCUGACAAAGAUUUUAGGCCUGGAGACAAGUCUCUUGCUCCUUUGGUACUGUCUGUCUGAAAAUGUGACUGGGUCUCAAGGCUAAAUCUCUCUCCAUAUCUUCUUCGCAUUCUUUAGGAAAGCAGCUCUAGAAUGUUUACACAUUGCAAAGUGAAUGUACAACUCUGACCAAGGAACCAAAAUCGGAUUCAAUUGCAUGGCAAAUUUCUUGGCCAUAAAGUCUGGCAUGCAUCACAGAGGCCCUGUCUGUGUACAGAUCCACCUGGCAUUUGUCAUAAUUUCAGAUCAUGUCUUAAAAAAAAUAUAUGAUGAUGCCAUUUUUUGUUCAUAUCAGACACAGCUGUCAUUAGAUUUGUUAUUAAAAGGGGAUUCUUGAUCAUGCCAUUAAAAGCCUGUCUACCUUUUCA